AUGGAAGAAAGAUCAACAGGACCGAUGCUGGUCUGCAAGACGUGGAUGAACGUGUGCCAAGACCCGUCAUUCAUCUUGGUCUUCGAUCUCGAUGCUAAAUUUUUCGCUCUCCCCACUUCGAACAGCUGGUUGUGGGGUCCACAAUUCGAGGAUAAUAUUGACUCUCUCCUCCGCUCUGUUGUGGAUUGGAGCGAAGGAGCUCUGACGGAGAUUCGAGUCUGGCACUGCACGGAUCGAUCUAUCUCGUAUGUUGCGGAGAGGUGUCCUAAUCUUGAGGAACUUGAUAUAAGUUGCUCUUAUGAAAUAUCUUGCCUGUGUAUCGAAAUGGUGGCUAAGAAUUGCAAGAAUCUUGAGAUUCUAAAACGGAAUAUGAUGGAUCCUUGCGAGGUCGAGAGAUUAGAGUACACGAGGUUCGUGCCUCAGAACUAUUUGGAUAACAACCCUAUCGACAUUUAUAGGAAUGUUGAUGCUUAUACAAUUGUGAAACACAUGCGAAUCUGA